AAUGUGUACUUGUUCAUGUUCACACAUGAUAGUCACAGGCUAUUUUAUACAAACACACAGUGGUUUGUUUGUCCAAACAGGUACGGUGAGUUGUGAUUCAAACGCAGUGACGUGCUGCCGUCAGGUGGGCGGAGAGUUCGGUACAGACACGCCCACUGUUUGGAUUUGAGAACGGACCAAACCAAACUAAGCCGUCUUCUUUUUUCCCAUUGUUUGGUCUGUGGAUGAGCAUAAGUCGAGCAUUCAACGCGUUUAUACCCACGCAUUGUGUGACGGAACAGUCGCGGAAAUCGGCUUAGGUCGUGUCUGGAAACGUUAACGAAAUCGGUCAUUUUUAAAUGACCCCCGUGAGUCGUUAAGAAUGGUUUAGCCCAUUUUUGAACUUGACAGUGGUUUGUUCUCCGUGGCUUUUUAAACGGAUGGACGCGGUUUGUGACGUUCAAGUCCGUGACCCAAGUUUAUAAACUCAGCGAAAUACCAACACAAACUGUCGCUGAAAUGCAGAAUAAAAGAGACGACGCAGCUGAUGAUUCCUCCACUGACCUUCCCCGUCUGGAGAAACUCGGCUCUCCUACAGGGAGCCCACCCACUGCCUCAUUAUCCAGUCUGAUGGAGCUGGAAAACUGUGUUUCCAACCUGAGCCUUGCACAUGAGAUAGUGGUGAACAAAGACUUGAGCUUCAAACCCAAGAGCCCUCCCACACACAGCUGGGUCUGCCCCUCCCCUCCGAAAUCCUUUUCUUCAUGUAGCCUCGAGGCCAGCGUGACAGAGAUCGUUCAUCAGGCGUUUUGGGACAGUCUUCAGGAGCAGCUGGACGGAGAGCCUCCAAACUACAGCCAUGCUCUCAUUCUGCUGCAGGAGGUCAAAGCUAUAUUGAAGUCCCUGCUGCUGCACGGUCACAUCAGACUGAGAGCCCAGCUGGAUGAGGUGCUGGACAUGGAGCUGAUCCAGCAGGAGGUUGAUCAUGGAGCUCUGGACCUCCACAGAUUGGCCAGAUACAUCAUCAACACCAUGGCGUCUUUGUGCGCUCCUGUGCGUGACCCAGACAUCCGAGCACUGAGGGACAUCCAGAGCCCUGUGGAGCUCCUGAGAGGGAUUUUCCAUGUCUUGGGGCUGAUGAAGACUGACAUGGUCAACUUUACCAUCCAGAGUUUGAGGCCUCACCUCCUGCAGCAGGCUGUGCAGUAUGAGAGAGCCAAGUUCCAGCAGAUUCUGGACAAGCAGCCAGCUUCUCUGGAUAAUACAGCUGCUUGGCUUCAGGCAGCAGCGUCAAAGGAGGCGUCAGCCAUUCAAGCCCAGUCUGAUUCACCUUGUCCUGACAGCCAAGGCCCUGUCAGUGCCACAGCUGUCCUCAACCGGGCCUACAUGAGUCUGCUACACUGGGACCCGCAGGACCAGAAAUAUCCUGAGACUGUACUGAUGGACCAAGCCCGCCUGGAUGCUCUGGCCCAGCAGCUCCAGAUGUUGAUCCUGGAGGCGUCAGUGCUGCUCCUGAUCAACACUCAGUGUGGAGGAGUUGUUUCCUCCCUGCAGGGGUUUAUAGGUAAACUCAGGCAGACCAUCACUGCCCUGCUGGAGGGCAGUCACACCAGGGAGGAUGACCUACAGGGGGCGUUAAUGGGGCUUGGGGAAACAGUGGUGCAGCAGGUGAACAAAGCUCAGAGCAGCCAGGGAGGAGCAGCGCUGCCCCAGGAGAGCCAGGAUCUGCUGAAGGGACAAAUAUCGGACCUGUGGAAACACAACAACCCUGUCCGCACACUCAUAGGAGAAAGGGUACAGGACUUCCUCCAGGCCAUGCUGCAGGGCGGCCCCGCUAAAAGGAUUCCUGAGCUGCCUGCUUCCCUCAAGCUGGUGAGUGCUGAGCUCGCCAAACUGGGGACGGCCUUUGGGCGAAUUGUCCACUUCAACCGAACAGUCUUCGGGCCCUUCUACGCACCCAUCCUCAGGAAACUGCUGUUCUCACCAGGAGAGGCUGAGGAGGAUUCGCGCUAGGCUGAGGGUGACCAAGAUGACC